UAACUGACGCUUUGAGGGUCAACUUGACUUCAUUUUUUUUUCAGACCAAGUUAACAGACAAAGUUUUGGUAGUAAAAUGCUGCGAAAGAACAGCUUUAGCUUUAAAAGUGUGCUGGUCAUAUUUGUGCUGAUAUUUGGUGUAUUUUGGAAACACUGUGACUCACAGGUGAACAGAGAAGAAGCCAACAAGCCUCCAGAUGGACACGGAGGUGACGACAGUGCUUUCUUCGCCCUGCGGAGCUGCCACCAGCUGCUGCACGGCGACAGCGGCGAGUUUUUCUCCCCGGACUACCUGUGCUCCAACCCGCCUCUGUGGUGCAACUGGACCAUCCAGGUGGAUCAUGGAAAGAGGGUCCAUCUCCACCUGGAGGACCUGACCCCUGAUGAUGCCUGCCACCUCAAACAGGACCAGGUCCACGUGGACGAGCCCACCGAACACUUUAGGGGUCACAAGGUCCUGCAGAAGUGCUGGCGCGAGGCCAAGUACACCUCCUCCUCCAACACUCUGUAUGUGGUACUGCUGAUUGGCGGCUGGCCCAGCCCGCACUACAGGGGCUUCUAUGGCCGCUACCAGGCGUUUGGACCACCAGUGGUUUACAAUCCACAGGAAGGAUUCACAGAGAGAAACAGGAAGUCAGAACCAUCUCCUGGGCUCAUGGACUUCAAUGAAUUUGCACCAGUAAUGAAUGGUGACCAGAUGGAGUCAGACUUGCAGCAGCAUCCAUCACCUGCAAAUUCUGAUCUCAUGUAUGACUAUUAUGAUCAACCUACAGCCAUGAUGGCUGAGCUGCCCGGGGAGCCCGAGGAGGCUGCGGACACAGACAGGGAGGUGGGUGCAAAACAUCAUCCAGCCUCGGAGAACUACAACCACGUCUACCCGUUCACAGCCGUGUCAGCAUUCACACAGGGGACCUCUCGAUUGGAAAGAGGUGCCGUUCAGACCCCUCCAGGCCAGUCCGGCUCCGCCGUCCAUCCCGCGUCUCCACAUCAGCAACACGACAGUCAGAACCAGGAGCUCAAACCCACCACUCGCACCCUGACUGCAGUACGGAGGAAUGUGGAGGAAGCUGCUGUUCCAGAGGAUGAGAGCAGCACACAGAGCCUGUCGGAGGAGACACCUGCUGACGGUUCAGAACAAGCUGCAGAUGGUGAGAACAGGACGGAGGUCAGCGAGGCCUCAGACCAGCUUCCUGCCCCCUCUGAAAGACCCGAACCAGAGGAGACUGAGCAGACUCAUCCUUACCCCAACAUGGUGGAGCCUCUGUCGGACCACAGAGGGACCCUCAACAUUAGAAAUCACUCUGAAAUUCCACAUCUUCCUGGUGAUCACCUGUUUGAAGUGGCUGUUGAAGUGAAUUUGGAUCAGGAUUUGGAGGAGUCCUGGGACAACCAGGCCAGGUCACUGCUGCUGUCAGUAAAGGCUUUGAUCAGCGAGCAGCUGGAGGCUCUGCACACACCGCUGUCCAUUUCUUCUAAAAGAAUAAAAAGGCUGCAUGCAGGAGUGCUGUACAUCCUCUGGCUGCAGAUCGGACAUGGGCUUGGGGGCCCGCAGGUCCACAGGGCCGUCCACUCCGCCCUGCAGGACCUCAUCGCCACGAGCAUCAGAGUAAACCACGGGAAAGCUGUCAUCGCCUCCGUGUCGACUGCAGAUGUAAACGAGUGUGGGACCCAGCUGGUGCUGUGCGACGUUAACGCAGACUGUGUGAACCUGUUCGGUUCGUACUCGUGCCGCUGCAGGCCGGACUUCCAGGACAAGUCCCGCCUGGGAUCAGGAGGAACUGUCUGUAUCGAUGUGAAGGCUGCAGGUUGCAGCUCAGGCCUGUCUGCUGAGACUAAAGGCGUCUACGUGCUUUUCUUCCUGCUCAGCUCCCUCAUCCUGAUCCUGCUGGCGGCGGGCGCCAUGCUGUACCGCCGUCGCCACCGGGGGGCGUUCCUGGUGCGCUGCCACAGCGGCAGCAGCAUGUCACCACCUGACCCCAACAACAACCACCACCAUCAUGCUGACUCUGACUUGCCCCCCCCACCCCCACCUGCCCGGGGCUUCAGGGAGGGCUGGCCCCAGGUGAAGGAGCGCUGCCCGGCUGUGGACUUGCCGCUGCUGCGCUUCAGCCCGCUGCUGCAGCCGGACGGCUACAUGGAGCCGCAGGAGGGCGGGAAGAUGUGAACAGACGGUGGACCUGGAGCUGCGACGCUCCACAGUAUCUUAACUCCAUUCAUUAAAAUCUCUUCUCAUUUACUUUCUUUUUGUCUGACACUGUUGUCCACUGUCGAAUUAAUUAAAGCCACAACAAAACAGCA